AUGGAAGAAAUAAAACAGAAGAUUCAGGAGAUUACAGACGAAAAUGUUGCUGAGGGUUCCAAGGCAUCUGAGAAAGAAGUUGACCCACCAAAAAAUGAACAAGAGCUAGUGGUCGUUCAGGAAGACAGUGAGAAAAAGAAUACCACCGUCGAAUCCGACGACGAUUCGGACGAUGUUCCAGGGCUGGAAGGAGAUAGGGACUUCCCACCUGAAAUUGCGGCGGCAGAUCUCGCCAAAAUGUCGAGUCAGAGUCGUGGAGAAAAAAAGGCUCGUAAAGCAAUGCAAAAACUGGGGUUGAAGCCUGUGCCUGGUAUUAACCGUGUCACAAUUCGAAGGCCAAAGAAUAUCCUAUUGGUUGUUUCUAACCCCGAUGUCUAUAAAUCGGCAAACUCUGACUGUUAUAUUGUAUUUGGAGAGGCUAAAAUCGAGGAUCUGAAUAGUCAAGCCCAAGCAAACGCUCAGCAACAACAAUACCCAACGGAAGCUGCAGUCGCACAGGAAGCGAUUAAUAAGGUGGAAGAAGAAGCGGUCGAGGAGGACGAAGAAGAUUUGAACAUUGAUGAAUCUAACGUCGAAUUGAAAGACAUCGAAUUAGUCAUGCAACAAGCCAACGUUUCCCGCGCAAAGGCCGUAAAGGCUCUCAAGAGUAAUAAGAACGAUAUCGUUAAUGCUAUCAUGGCCCUGACUAUGCCAUGA